AUGAGUAGUCCGAAGCGGAGGAUAGAGACGGAUGUGAUGAAGCUCAUGAUGAGCGACUAUGAAGUGACAUUGGUCAAUGACAACAUGCAGGAAUUCUAUGUCAUCUUCAAAGGCCCUUCGGAAACACCUUUCGCUGAAGGCAAAUGGAAAGUCCACGUUGAGUUACCCGAUCAAUACCCGUACAAGUCUCCCUCAAUUGGCUUUGUCAAUAAGAUAUUCCAUCCAAAUAUCGAUGAGGGGUCGGGUUCAGUGUGCUUGGAUGUCAUCAACCAGACAUGGUCACCAAUGUUCGACAUGAUCAACAUCUUCGAAGUUUUCCUGCCUCAACUUUUGAGAUAUCCCAAUCCCACCGAUCCGUUGAACGGAGAAGCCGCUGCGUUGCUGAUGAGGGAACCUAGAAGCUACGACGCGCGGGUCAAAGAAUAUAUCAACCAGUACGCCACGAACAUUCACGAUGACGCAGAUGAAGACGAAGGCGAGACGGAUGGAGAGCUGAGCGAAGUAGAAGACUUCAAUAGCGACGGAGAGGACGAGCCAGCUGGGACGAUGGAGGAUGUAUGA